AUCUAAUCUAACAAAUAACUCCAUAGCUAAAUAUUGGCUAAAACAGUUGUCUUUGCUGUUGCCUUCCUGCUUGAUUAAAGCCAGAAAAAAACAGUUAGGAGGUUUUUAAUAUUUAGUUUUUUGAUCUUCAUCAUAGUUUUUGCCUCUCCCUCCCUCCCUCCUUCCCUCCCUCUCUCUCUCCCUCUCUCUGCUAGUGUAUGAGUCCUAGAACAGAGCUCCGCUCUAGAAUCUUUGAUUUUUGAGUUGAGUUUACCAGCCUCUUUUUUUACCACUAUAUCCCUGGAUGCAACAACAUUUAAAAUGUGUUCAAAUGUCAUCAUGCUAAGGUAUUGUCCCCUCUACUUUUUCUUCUUAAUGGCAGGAUUAUUUUUUAUUUGCAAGUGUUUCAUUUGUGUUGGUUCAUGGGGUUUUUUUUAUAAAGAGAGCAUCCUAAUUUGCAAGGGAGAUUAGACAACAAGACAGCAAGUUGUAUGAAAUCAUCUUAUAUCUUGGUUGGAUUUCUAAACAAGUGAGGGGGUUGAACAAGUCAUAAAAAUGAUUUAUCUAAGAAGUCUUCCUGUUACAAUAUUUUUUUCUGUUGCCAUUGUAUUUGUAGACUAGUUCAUUGGAAACUUUUUUCCCAUUUGUGUAAGCUAUAAGCCUACAUUGGAAACCUUUUCCAUAGUCUUAGGCUAAUACUAUGCAGAAAUUCCUGACAAUGAUGAGUCUUAGGCUAUCACCAGAAAAUCAUUCAACACCAUUGCCUUGGUUCUUGAAAUUUUGCACAGACCGAGUCUUACACAAUUUCAGCAAAUCAAUACAUUAUUUCAGGAGCGUGUGCAUGGGGUAUAAUUUGAUUGUGUUUUGUUUUGAACUCAAUUGUGAAGAAUUGCCGAUAUUGUAUUAGGGCCUACACUAGGCCUAGUGGGUUUUCAACGUUGACCUUACAGUACUGUUUUGGGGCAGUAGAGGGCACAGUUUUCUCGGAUUUGACCGGGGCUUUUGAUAACGGGUAACUAACAAAACAUUGUGGUGACAACCAGCGCGCACUAACAAGGCAUUUGAGCGUAUUGUUGCGAUGCGCAUCGUCUGCUAUGAUAAAGAAUCGGCGUGUCUGAGACGGCGAAAAUAGCAUGACACAUGUCAAAUGAAGCUGGGUGCAUUUAUAAUAGUCUGAAAUAUGGAAAUGCGUGCUUUAUUCUGAAUGCAUCCGGGGGUGCGCUGAGCAGCCCACCCAGGUACCAUUCCCAACACAGGCCAGGCCAACCCUUGGAAUAGGGCAGGCAGCCUAGUGGGCAGCUUGCUAGCUGAGCUCAGCAGCAGUACUGCUAUCCGUGGAGAUUCAUUCAGGCAAGGUAUUCUUGCUGUAACUACGCAAAAGAAGAACCGGGCGGAUAUUGUAAUUUACUCUGGAUUAUACAUUGUUUUUCCAUGAUGUAAUUAAUUUAACCGACAGUAGUAGGACACGGAGGCCAUGGGGCUAGAAACAUUGGAUUUGGUUGCCAGCCUGUAAGCCAACUUCCUCUGGCAUCUCAUCCACUUCACCCACCUCAACUACAUUUCCCCUACGUCUCUCUCCUGUCCCGGGCGGAGGAGAGGAUGGCGGUCCUUCUCCUAGCCCUUUUGUGGAUGGGACAGCUCAGCUGGGUUCCCGGCUGCCUGGCAGGUGACUGUAAGGGCCACCGGCUGGUGCUGAGGGGUCCACCAGGAUAUGUUUCAGACGGACCAGGGAACUACUCUGUGAAUGGGAACUGUGAAUGGCUAAUCAAAGCUCCCGGUAGCAACUACCGCAUCGUUUUGAACUUCACCUUCAUGGAGACAGAGUGCACCUAUGAUUACCUUUUUGUAUACGAUGGAGACUCCUACCAGAGCCCGCUGCUGGCCAGCCUGAGUGGCAACACCCGGCCACAGCCCAUCGAAGCCAAAUCUGGCCAGAUGCUGCUCCAUCUCUUCAGCGACGCCAACUACAACCUGCUGGGCUUCAACGCCACCUACUCGUUCUCGGUGUGCCCCGGGGCCUGUGGAGGUCACGGCCGCUGCGACACGGCCUCCUCCCGCUGCCAGUGCCACCAGGGCUGGGGAGGGGAGGACUGCACCACCCCCCUCUGCUCCGUAGCCUGCACUAGACACGGCCACUGUGACGAGAAGGGUGAACGUUGCAACUGCAGCUCUGGCUACGUCGGGCAGAGCUGCCAGCUCGGUCUCCACGACGACAGCGGCGCAGACCAGUGGUGGGAGGUGAGCGAGGGCGAUGUGAAGGUGCCCCCCCGCACCGCCUCCGCCGGGGUCUACCUGUCCUCCACGCGGGCCAUGUACCUGUUCGGAGGGUUUGACCUGAACAGAGCUCUGGGUGACCUGUGGAGGUUCAGCUUUGAGGCCAACCUGUGGGAGAAGAUGUCCAUCUCCAAAGCCCCAGCCCCACGUCACUCCCACACAGCUGUUGAGUGGCAGGGCUUUAUGGUGAUCUACGGUGGCGAGCUCUCUGACCACUCUCUGGCCAGUGAUGUGUGGAUCUACCGGCCCCAGCCGGACGUAUGGGAGCAGCUGGGCCAAUCAGACGCCCCGGGUGCACCGCGACUGGCCAAUCACGCCGCAGCCAUAGUGGAUAACUAUCUCUAUGUGUUUGGGGGCCGGACAGAGGAGGACAUGUUCUCGUCGUCUCUGAGCCGCUUCAAGCUGAAGGAGGGCGCGUGGGAGGCGGUGCAGCCGUCGGGGGGAAAGCCGCCGGCCACGGCUGGCCACAGCAUGGUGUUCCACGCCCACUCCAGGACACUGCUGGUCUACGGCGGACACAGACCCACCUCAGCCAGAUUCAGUCAGCGCGUCAACUCCACCGACGCCUUCCACGUGGACCAGCGCUUCUGGACCAGCUUCCGCUCGCGCUUCACGGCCCAUGGCCCGCGCGAGAGGGCCUUCCACUCGGCCACCAUCAUCGGCAACUACAUGGUGGUGUACGGAGGGAACGUUCACAUUCACUACCAGGAGGAGAAGUGCUAUGACGACGAGAUCUUCUUCUACCACCUGGGCUGCCACCAGUGGGUGUCUGCUGGGAAGAACGUCAACAGGGGCCAUGCAGUGAGAGGUCGCUACUCCCAUGUUGCCGGCGUCAUGGAGGGCCGUGUGCUCCUGGUUGCCGGGGGCUACAGUGGCGUUGCGCGGAGCGACCUGGUGGCGUACAAGGUCCCGUUGUUUGUCAGCAGCGACCCGGAGAAGAGAGAUGCGUUGUGUGCUGAAGCCCCAGAUGAGAGCAUUUGUUUGAAAAACCCAGAAUGCAGUUGGUGUGAGGGCCGCUGUCGGGAAUACCAGCCUACAAAUCCGUGUGGUAGUAACGGCUGUCUGGGUCUGGCCCGGUUCCUGUCCGACUGCCAGUCGUGCGUGAUGUUCAGCGGCACCGCCGGUGCCCUGCCCCGUGCCCCCAGCGACCUGGGCUGGUGUGUCCAGAACGAGUCCUGCUUACCUGUCUCAGAGGCGCGCAGGUGCGUGGACCGUGGGGAUCUCACGGCUGGUGGGGGGGCGGGGAGGGGUUUCCUGACCUCCCUCCACUCCUGUCGCACCGAGAACUAUGUCCCGGGAGUGCACCUGCUCACCUUCCACCACCCCGCCCCUCAAUCUCUUUCCUCUGGGGUGUCCAUCCUACAGAGCACCUCCAUCAUCCUGAACCCCUCCACGGAGAUGGACGUGACCAUGCAGUUCCGCGGCUUCAUCCACCCUCUCUGGAGCUCCCCCUCCCCCUCCGACAGUGUCUCCGUCUGGGCACGCAUCCAGAGGCUCUACUUCACCGCCAAGAUGGCCGCCGGCCCCAACUCCCUAGAGCUGACGGACGUGGUGGGUUAUUGGGGGGCGCAGCAGGAGAAGGAGACGCGUCUGCUGAGUCGGCCCAAUCUCGGUCAGCGCCUCUUCCAGAACCUGACGCGGGGCAACCGCUACCUGGUGCAGGCCGAGGGCUACCUCAACAGCUCGGGCUCGGGGCAGUCCAGCGAGAUGGCACUCACCUGGAACCGCACCACUCUGCCAGGGGGAAGUGAGAUCUCGUUCCUCUUCCUGGAGCCCUUCCGCUCGGACGCAUGCUGGGAGUACCACUCGUGCCUGGCCUGCCUGUCGGACCAGUCGUGCGGCUGGUGCCCCACGCUCAACCAGUGCCAGUCGCGGGACAACUCCAGCCAGCCGCCCUGCCGCGAGCCUGAGGACGGGGCCGAGCGCCACCUGCUGCUGGCACCGCAGCACUGCACCCUGUGUGACGAGUACCGGGACUGCGCCGCCUGCUCCCAGGACCCGUACUGCGAGUGGCAGUUCAACUACCCCAAAAAGGGGGACAGCCAGUGCAGUCGCCGCGGGCGACAGGAGGGCUCCAUCCGCCAUCCUGCAGGGUGUCCUAAAGUCUGCAAUCAGAGGCGAACAUGUGGGGAGUGUCUGGCAAACUCCAGUCAGUGUGCGUGGUGUGAAUCAGCCCAGACAUGCUUCUACUUUGCCGCCUACCUCACCAAGUUUCCCUACGGGGAGUGCAGGGACUGGUACGACAGUGUUCACUCUGUUCCUCAGUGUAAGCAGUGUUCUGCUCUGAACACGUGCUCAGAGUGCCUGCAGACCUUCCAGUGUGGCUGGUGCGGCGACUAUAACAACCCCACCAUCGGCAGGUGUCUGAAAGGUGACUGGUCAGGCAUGGAGGACCCGUCAGCCACCAACUGCAGCAUGGCUGUAGCUGAGGUGCGCGCCUCCAGGCCUGACCCCCCCACGUUGUCUCCUCCGCGUCUGCUGGACCUGGAGAUGGAGGAGUUUGAGGAGGAGCUGCUGGAUGGCAUGGAGGGCAUGGAGGCGCAGCAGGGUGACUCGGUCUGGUCCUACCCCUCCUGCCCGGACGUGGAGGAGUGUCGACUGGGCCUGCACAACUGCCACUCCUCCGCCACCUGCGUCAACACGCCCACCUCGUACGAGUGCCACUGCGACCGCGGCUACACCGGCGACGGCGUCCAUCACUGCAACCAAACCUGCUAUAAUGAGUGUCGUCAGGGUCGGUGCAGCGGGAGCCCCAGGUUCGUGUGCGAGUGCUCCCUGGGCUGGACGUCUGACCCAGCCACGCUGGUGCUGAGUGGGGUCGAGUGUGACGUAGACUGCGGCUGCAACUUCCACAGCACCUGCAUCACGGCUCCCGGCAUCUGCGACGACUGCCAAGACUGGACGACGGGUCCCCACUGUGAGGUGUGUCGGCCGGGCAGCUUCGGCUCGGCGCUGGCAAGUGGCGGAGGCUGCGUGCCGUGCCAGUGUAAUGGGCACGGUGACCCACUGCAGGGCUACUGCCACAACCAGACGGGCCAGUGCUACUGCACCCACCACACCCAGGGCCCGCACUGCGACACCUGCCUGCCCGGCUACUACGGCGACCCCAGGAGCAACGGCACGUGUUUCCGUCAGUGCCAGGGCCGUUCGGUGGUGCUCUCGUCCUCGUCCUCGUCCUCCUCCUCGCCGCUGCCGCUCUCCUCCUCUUUGGGCUGGCACCGCGCGGUGGGCGAGUACGGCGUCCAGAGCGCGGCGGGCCUCUCUCACUGCCUGUGGGUGCUGUCCGUCUCCCAGGACCUGGUGCCCUGUGCGCCCGGACAGUCCUGCCCGCACGUCGCCCUCACACUCCACCCAGACUCCCACACGCAGUGCAGCAAUUCCUUUGUUUACGUGUUUGACGGCCUCCCUCGCUUCCUGGGAAAUGGCGUGGUGCACUCCGACCACAACCUGAUUGGAGCAUUCUGUGGCACGACCCGCACUCAGCCAAUCACAGUGGAAGCCACCUCUGGCGUUAUCUCCGUCUACUUCGAGGCCAACGUCUCCUCCACUCAGCCGCAGGGCUUCAAUGCCUCCUUCUGGGUGCGGCGCUGUGAAGAAGAGCCUUCUGGGAAGGAGGAGGCGGAGGACGAUGCCUCGUCGUGUCCAGCCGGUUCCCGCUGCCACCAGGGCCUGUGCCAGUGUCCCCAUGGUUACGGAGGACCGCAGUGUGACCGGCCCAUCUGCCCCAAGAACUGUGGCUUAGAGGACGACCGAGGGACCUGCAACGUGACUCUUGGAGUGUGUGUGUGUGCUGAAGGCUGGGCUGGGGCUGACUGCUCCUCUCCUCACACUCCCAACAACAUGGUGUGGAAGACCCUGCUGGACACUCAGCUCACAGCGAACCAAGCCCACCGAUUCCUCCACAGGAUGGGUCACUCCAUGGUGGCCGGUCCUCAGAACACUCUCUGGAUGUACGGUGGCCUCUCACUCUCACAGGGCAUUCUGGGAAAUGUCUACAGGUACUCUGUGCCAGAGAGGCGUUGGACUCAGAUGCUGACCAGCUCAGUGGAGGAAAGCUCCACCCCUGCCGCACGGUACCACCACGCCGCUGCUCUCGUGUCCAAUCACGAUCUAAUGUCAGCCGUCAAUCACAACAUGAUGCUGGUAGUAGGUGGAGUCACGCAGAAGGGAGUGGCCAAUGACACAUGGAGCCUCAACCUGAGCAGCCUGGUGUGGAAAGAGUACAAGAGCUCACUGCUGCCCCCGGUGGCAGGCCACACGCUGACGGUGCGUCGAGACUCCACUGUGCUGCUGAUUGGGGGCUAUUCCCCUGAAAACGGCUUCAACCACCUCCUGCUGGAGUUCAGCCCACACACCGGCAACUGGACCAUCGCCCCGCACACCGGCACUCCACCCACAGGUCUGUAUGGCCACACAGCAGUGUACCACGAGCAGACGGACGCGGUGUAUGUGUUCGGAGGAUACCGCUUCCAUGUAGAGGCUGUGGAACCUUCCGGAGAGCUCUACAGCCUCUACUACCCCAACCUCACCUGGUCCCUGCUGGUGCCCUCACAGGGCAACAAGCCCCUGUCUCGUUUCUUCCACGCGGCGGCCCUGCUGAAGGACACCAUGGUGAUCGUGGGCGGCCGCACGGGAGAGGAGGACUACAGCAACAUCGUCUCCCUCUACCAGAUCAACUGCAACACCUGGAUCCAGCCUGGCUCUGGUGUGGGUGACCCUGUGAACCGUUCGGUGUCGCUGGCCAUGGCGGGUUUGGACGGCACGCUGUUUUUGUCGGGCGGCUUCAACGGCGUGACCCUGGGCCGCCUGCUGACCCUGACGCUGCCCUCUGACCCCUGCGUGCUGCUGACCUCGCAGGACGCCUGCAACAGCAGCACGGGCAGCUGUGUGUGGUGCCGCGGCUCCUGUGCCUCCUCCGACAUGGCCGAGAGGCUGGGCUGUUCCAGUCUCCAGUCGCCCUGUUCCUCGACCCCUCGCUUGCCUGAUGAGUGCCGCAGGCUCAAGACCUGCAGCGAGUGCCUCGCCCGACACCCCAAAACCUUCUCCAGCCCCAUACAGCCUGCCCUGCAGUGUAAGUGGUGCACCAACUGCCCUGAGGGCGCGUGCAUGAGCAGCACCGUGAGCUGCACAUCGGAGCACGACUGCAAGAUCAACCAGCGUGAGGUCUUUCUGUCCAGCAACUGCGCCGAGACCAGCUGCGAGGCCUCCGACUGCCCCAAGUGCACCUCCUCUGGGAAAUGCAUGUGGACGCGUCAGUUCAAACGCACGGGCGAGACACGGCGCAUCGUGAGCGUCAACCCCACCUACGACUGGACGUGCCUGAGCUACGGCUUGCUGAACGUGUCGCCCAUGCAGGUGGAGUCGUCUCCGCCCCUGCCCUGCCCUGAACCCUGCCACAAGCUGCCCGGCUGCACCCAGUGCCUGGCCUCCCACGGGGCCGACGGGGGCUGGCAGCACUGCAUCUGGAGCAUGGCACUGCAGCAGUGUAUGAGUCCGUCGUUCGUGCCCCUGCGCUGCGAGGCGGGCCAGUGUGGGCGUCUGCUGUCCAGUGGGGACUCCUGCUCGCCCCAGUGCUCCCAGCUCAACCAGUGCUCCCAAUGCAUCGCUCGGCCGCAGUGCGGAUGGUGUGCGGCCCGCGGGGGCAACGGAGCUGGACACUGCCUGCAGGGAGGCCUGGACGGAGUGAACGAGGACAUGUGCCCGCAAUGGAACAGCACCUGGUCCUUCCUGCACUGCCCAGAGGAGGACGAGUGUGCCAACGGUCACCACCACUGCAACAAGUCGCAGGACUGCCACGACCUGCCGCAGGGCUACUACUGCACCUGUCGCCAGGGCUACGUGCUCAGCAGUGUGACGGGUCAGUGUGAGCCGGUGUGUCCUCAGGGAUGUGUGAACGGCACGUGUGUGUCGCCCGGAGUGUGUCGCUGCCACUUCGGCUUCAUUGGGGAGAACUGCUCGUCCGAGUGCCACUGCAACAAGCAUAGCAACUGUGCCGGAGUCCACCAGCUGGACAAGUGUCUGGAAUGCCACAACAACACUGUGGGAGAGUCGUGUGAUAAGUGUAAGCCUCUGUUUGUGGGCUCGGCGGUGGGCGGCGGCACUUGUCGGCCGUGCCGUGAGAUUUGCCGCGGCAACAGUGCCGUUUGCCUCUCUAGGGACGAGUACGAGAAAGCGCUAAUCAACAACUACCCCCUGGACCCCGACAGCAUCAUUCAGCGAGUGGCCAAGGGGCCCACCGAGGACGACGUGGUCUGCGUGAACUGCCAGAACAACAGCAUGGGUGACAAGUGUGACAACUGCCUCACGGGCUACUUCCUGCUGCAGGGGAAGUGUGAAAAGUGUCAGUGUAACGGGCACGCCUCCACUUGUAAUAUGGACGGCUCCGGGUGCCCUUGUCAGAACAACACAGAAACCGUCAACUGCCUGCCGACUGCUAAUGACCGCAAAGAGUGCUACAGAUUACAGUGUGCAAAGUGCAAGGACUCCUUCAAUGGCUCCCCAGUGAAGGGACGCCAGUGCUACCGGCAGUUCAACGUGGACAACGAGUGCUGCUUCGACCCCACCUCGCAGACCAACUGCUUCCACGAUCCGUCCAUCCGCAACCUGCCGCGGGGACGCACCGUCUUCUUUGCCGCACAGCCCAAGUUCACCAACGUGGACAUCCGCGUCACCAUCGACGUGACGUUCGGCGAGGUGGAGGUGUACGUGUCCAACUCGCACGACACCUUCGUCGUGGACGUGGACCAGCGCUCGGGCGUGCACAACAUCCGCAUCGAGGACGAGGCCAGCGUGCUCGGCGGCGGCGCCAGUCCCGUCUCCCACGGCGACAAGGAAAUGCCCUUCCAGCCGUCGCCCAUCAAGGUAUUCGCCAACCAGUCGUCGGCGUCCUCGGGCCUGCUGGGCGCCCCGCUGCAGCUGCACGCCGGGCGGAGUGGGUCGGGAGGAGCCGGGGCAGUCGGGGUCAGCGGCGGCACUGGCGGGGUGGGUGAGCGGGACAUCCGCGAGGAGAAGGCCCAGGGCCUGAUCACCUACAUCACGGUGUGGAAGCCGCAGACGGUGCUGGUGGUGCGCGAGGUGCGCGACCGCGUGGUGGUCACCUUCCCGCACGAGGUGCACUCGCUCAAGUCCAGCCGCUUCUACAUCGCGCUGCGCGGCGUCGGCACGGAGGAGCGGGGGGGGGAGUCGCAGGGCCUGCUCUUCCUGCGGCAGGACCAGGCGCACAUCGACCUCUUUGUCUUCUUCUCCGUCUUCUUCUCCUGCUUCUUCCUCUUCCUGUCCGUCUGCGUGCUCCUCUGGAAGGUCAAGCAGUUCCUGGACUUCCGCCGCGAGCAGCGCCGCCACAUCCAGGAGAUGACCAAGAUGGCGUCGCGGCCCUUCGCCAAGCUCACCGUCUACCUGGAGCCCGAGGAGCCGCAGCUCAUCUACCUGCCGGUGGCCGGCGGCAACGGCGGGAGCGUCUCGCUGGCUCAAGCCCGCAGCGGCAAGCUGAGCGGCGUGGUGAUGGGUCAGAGAGGCCGCUCGGGGGCCCCGUCCUACAAGCAGGACCCCGGCUCGGGCACCGCGCUCCACCACCACCACCACCACCACCACCUGGCGGCCCUCGGCUCGGGCAACAGCGGGCAGCACCUGCCUCUGCACUACCUGAACGCCCACCACCACUACGCGCCCACCUCCACGGCCAACCCGCCGGCACACCACCACCACCACCACCACCACCACCCGCCCGCCACCACCCACGGCAGCUACCAGCACUUCUGCCGCUCCGACCCCUUCCUCUCGCAGCUCAUGGGCUUCUCCUACUCCUCCUUCAAGGUGGGCCCCAUCACGCUGGAGCCCACGGACGACGGCAUGGCCGGCGUGGCUACCGUCCUCUUCCAGCUGCCCGGCGGCCUCCUGGCGCCCAACCGCGCCUGCCUGGGCUCGGCGCUGGUCACGCUGCGGCAGAACCUGCAGGAGUACUGCGGCCAUGGCGGCGGCGCCGGCACGCACACUGGGGCCGGCGGAGGACGCAAGGGCCUGCUGGGACAUCAGCACCUCACCACCAUGGCCAUGUGAGCGGUCAAGAGCAUGAUCUGGGGGAGAUGGACAUGUGUGAGAUGAGGCCAAAGAGGGCAAGAAAAAGGGAGGUAGAGAGUGAAAGAGUAGAGAGAGAGGGAGAGAGAGAGAGAGAGG